AUGGUGUGUCAGAAAUGUACCAAGAAAUUGUCCAAAGUCGCAGCACCGGAUCCAUUUGCACCAAGCUCCUCAUCUCGUAAAGUUGGCGAGAACAAGCUCUUGACAGCCCGCAACGUGGGCGGAGCUGGUUCGUCGAAGCGGUAUCAGCCGUACCAGAACAAAUGCAAAGAUUGCAAGAGCUCAGUGACACAAAAUGGGGCCAAAUACUGCCAUGGAUGCGCGUACAAGAAAGGGAUAUGUUCAAUUUGCGGGAAACAGGUUCUCGAUACAAAGGGAUACGUUAUGUCUAGCAAGUAA